AUGGUUUUAGCAGAGCUGAGGGUCUCCAUGCCCCCCAGCAGCGAGGGAUCCCAGUCCGGGGCCUUCAAUGAGGGUCCCCAGUCCGGGGCCUGCGGCGAGGGUCCCCGGUCCGGGGCCUGCGGCGAGGGUCCCCAGUCCGGCAUCGGCAACGAGGGUCCCCGCACCAGAGGUGCCACCACAGUGGGGGGGCCAGAGGUGGAGCGGGGUCUACGCCCCGUACCGGAGCCGCCGCCAAGGGUAGAUGCCCACCAGAGCACUGCCCUGACUUGUCAAGAUCUGAGCUUUGUAGGGGGCCAACUCUACAACUGCCCUUACCCAGCCCCAACGUCGGCAGACAGUGUUGACGUUUCCACGGUGACUGUGGCCUCCUUUUGGGCCGCUGGUCCCCCGGACGACACAGCAUGCCAGCACGAGCCAACACAGCGGGAACUCUACUCUUGCUUGGACUUUGGGACCUCUCGACCUGACCCAAUCUGGACUGACCACCUGUCACCACAUUUGCAGAGAAACAAGCAGCUUCAAGACACGUUGAUACAGAGAGAGGGGGAACUGGCAAGACUGCAUGAGGAAAAUAACAAACUCAAAGAAUUCUUAAACUCUUCAUUUGUGAAAACGUUGGAGGAAAAAACAAAGAGACUUCUCUCUGCUCAGAGUGGCGAUAGGAAGAGGGACCGGAAGCGGAAUUCCGAAAUCCAGAAUCUGCAUGGUGUUGGAGAAUUCCGGAACCUCAGUGCCAGUCAGCUUCUCCUUGGUUCUCAGGUGAAACGGACCUGCCGGAACUUGUCCCUGCAGUUCUGUUCAGAAGAGGAGCUAGCCAGCACCCCACCUGUGGACCUGUGGAUCCUGCAGACCUUGGGCCUGAAGGACGAGGACACCAUCGAUACAACAUCCACUGAAUACAGCUUUAACUCCUCCAUUGACUCCCUCACCAAAUGUAGCACAAUCACAGACUCCUCUGGUGACUACUGCCAAACAACCGAUCAUAAAUCCACCGCUUAUGACACACCUACUGAUGGCCCUGGUCAUGGUGCCAGUGUAGGACUAUACACUGAUUACUGCUUUAACACCAACAGUGCCUACAGUGUCUCUACAGACUCCGUCUCUAACUUCACUGGAACUGUGCCCUCUACUCCAUACAGCCCUAGCAUAGAAGUCACCCCCAAUUUCCAGGCCCCACUGCCCCAAUUAGUCAACACUCUCUCGUCAAUUGACCCAAUACAGCCAUUCAGACGAAUCUUAGCCUCCUCUCCCAACCUGUCUCAGGACAGUAGUCCAGGGCUGUACCACACACCCAGCCCUCACUACCGUAGCCCCUCCAGUCCUGUAGGGGGUGAUGUGACGACUCAGUACCCUGAACUGUCUACCCCACGUGGCCGGACAGAGCUAGCUUUCAGCAUGUCCCUAAACCCUUCCAGCAGCGUCAGACUCAAGACACACAGCUUUCCUCAGGGACAGGCCUUCGUCCGCAAGGACACCCUGGGAGGCUGGAACUUCACCUGGGUCCCCAAACAAGGCCCGUAAGCCUCAUUUAUGUCCUACGGACAGAGGCAAGAACUACAAUAAGCUAUGCAAAAUAGCGACCCUGCGUAGUUGCAUAGCAAGAAUAAGCAAACGUGCAGCCCCGUGAUUUGUAACAAGAUGCAAAUAACUAGACGCAAAUACUUAGGAUCACCAUUUUGCGUAGGUAACUGUGUUUGUGCAUAGGCCUGAAGGAAAAGCAUAAGAGGUAGCUAGCUGCUAAUCCAAAGGACGAUGGAUAACUUGCUCUUCUAAAAGAGAGAAUGACUGCCACAGAGACAAUUGCCCUUGUUGCAAUAAAACACUGUUAACCAUAGAAAAGUAAAACACUGCCCUGUACCCUUCAGCUGCAUACACAUAACUGGAAAAAACAGCCUUAAAGCAGCAGUGCUGUUUGGCAAAGUCACACUGCCUAGUGCUUACAGCCUUGUGCACUUUGAACACUUCACCUGUACUGUAGAAGAACAACACAAAGUUUACAGAUAGUAAACAGGUUGUAAAAUGUAGCCUGUAGAUGUUGAUCAAAUUUACCUCUAAGCUAUAACAAUGUUAUUAAUGAGACAUUAAUAAGACAGCUGCCUGACAAAAGUGCCCGACAGAAGUCUACUAGUUUAAUUUGAAUGUGUAAAUAAUCCUACUACAUAUUAACCCUACUUUGAGUGUCAAUGUCGUUAUAGGGAACAGAGUUUUUCUUAGUCAGUUCAAAUGGUCAGUAAAAACUUGUGAUGCUAGCAAUCGGGGCUCAAUCAAACAUGGCACAGUAUCUGACCAGUACCCAAGGACACGCUCCCUAGAUUUACACCAUGGAUACACUAAUUUGACCAAAAGUAUGUGGACGCCUGAUCGUCAAACAUCUCAUUCCAAUAUCAUGGGGAUUAAUGUGGAGCGGGUCUCCGUUUUGCUGCUAUAACAGCCUCCACUCUUCUGGGAAGGCUUUCCACUAAACGUUGGAACAUUGCUGCUGGGACUUGCUUCCAUUCAGUCACGAGCAUUAGUGAG